CGUUUCCUUAUUGCCUUCGCCUGUGAGGAAAGAGAGAGCAGAGGAAGAAGCGCCGUAGUGAAUGCACCGUAAUUCUGACCUGUGUUCCACUAUUAGUUCCAUUAGUCUAUUACAGCCCGCAGCCGUAGAGCCGCUUCACCACUACCGCGCCGCGGAUACACUCUCUUUUCAAAUCUUACCAGCAACAUUCAUUAUCUAUUUGUCUGCGCAGUGCAAUGGAUUUUUUUUUUAAACCCGGGUUUCUAUCUAUCUAAUAUCAUAGAGCAGCAGAGCCUGCAGUGACCGGUCAGGCAGCGGUACACCAACGUACCAAUCAAUACGACUGGAGACUUUAGAGAAAGGAUAUAUAUAUAGCUGGUUAUAGCUGCUACGAGGAAAAACGUCGCGGGGAAGGAGGCUGGAGUUAUGAAGGUCUGCCACCAUGUCUAAGGCCACAGCGAACAAGCUGCACUGGCGUUCCAAGGUGCAGGAGAGUUUUGUUCCCCUGGGGGGCGGGUCUGGAGAGCUGGGUGUUGCCAUCGGGGGCGGCGCUGACUACGGAGAGUUCCCAUUCGUCACCGCAGCACCGGGAGGCGGGGCCACGGUGGGUGAUGUCAUACUGGAGAUCGGGGGCACGCCCGUCCUGGGCAUGACGCUAGGAGACGUGAGAGGGGUCCUCAACUCAUGCCCCCAUCCCAUACGGAUCAAAACUGUCUCCCCAGGCUCUACUCUGUGUAAGGACCUGAGGUGGUACCUGAGCAGGUGUUUUACUCCAGGGUCCAUGGACAGCCAGCUACAGCAGGUGAUCAGGGAGAACCUGUACCUCCGAGCCGUCCCCUGUACGACCAGGCAGCCUCGCCACGAGGAGAUAUCAGGAGUGGACUACAACUUUGUCUCCAUAGAAGAGUUCUUUUCUCUGGAAGAGUCUGGAGCCCUGCUGGAGAGCGGCAAGUUCAAAGGUAACUACUACGGGACGCCCCGCCCAGUCCACAUUGGCCCAGAGAGCCCACCAAUCACGUACCAGGAACACCGGAACUUGCUCCGGAACUUCAGGACGCGCAGCAAGUCGCUUAGCAACCUGGAGAAGGCUGUGGAGGAGGGAGAGAACAGUGAGGAGGACUCUGGUCUGUCAGCGGGGUCAGUAGGUGCCAGCAGUGCCCUGCCCACAGCCAAAUCUCUUAGCCAAUCGUGGGAAGGCAGGGAUGGCGUCGGAGAGGAGAACGGAGGGAGCGGCAUCGCCACAAGAGGCGGAGUGACACUGGAGAACUGGGAGCUGGCCUUCAGUAACUCAGGAGAGGCGUACUACAUAGAUCACAUCUCUAAGACAACCAGCUGGCUGGACCCCAGAGCUCAGAGCAGGGAGAUCCUCAGCGAGACAGACUUACCUGCGUUCACGGACCAGCCGGCGGAGCUGAAGGGUUACUCCAUCCACACCCGUCUGUCUAAAGGGCUGCAGGGGUUCGGCUUCAACAUCGUGGGAGGAAGCAGGCAGAGAGAGUUUCUCCAGGUCUACAGCAUUACACCAGGAGGACCACCCGCUCUCAACACAGCUGAUAUCCUUGUCUACAUCAAUGACAGCUGUGUCCUGGGUCUGUCUCAUAAAGAGGUGGUAGAGAUGUUGAAGUCUGUCCCCAUGGGUCACAGUGUGGACGUUGUGUUACGGAGAGGCUAUCCCAUGCUCUACAACCCAGACGGCUGUCCCAAACAACCCCUGACCCCCUCCGCCUCCUCUUCUCCUCUGGAACCCCUCAGCUCUGCAGCCACCCCUCCCUCCACAGCCACUAACCAGCCCCCUUCCUGUCUCAGCCCUGCUGAGCCCCCACACACCCACCCCCCCGGCCUGGCUAACCUUAAUCGGACCCUAUCCCAUCACAACGGCAACUAUCUGAGAGGGGCGGGACACUCGGGAUCGGGGCUGGACGCUAAUGGAAACGCGACACCCUCCUACCCGCUGUCUAACGGUGUCCCGGGCUCUUCUGCCAGCUCAGCCUGUGCCCCCUCCUCCUCUCACAGUAGGGGCAUCCCCCCUCCUCCCCCUCCUGAAUCAACAUCCGCGUCCACCAGCCAGAGUGACUCAGAGGCCUUGGGUGGAUGGACACAAAGAUGGUCUGUGAUGCGCUACAGUGGUAACUCCCUCCCCUCCUCUUCCUCCAUGGUCCACCAUCAGAGUGACCUCUCCACCUCCACCCUGCCCAUCUCCCUCUCCAAGCUGCCCCUGUUCCAGCCGGAGGUGGGCACCGCCACCACUCCCGGUGCACCCUGCCAGCGGCCUCCCGUGCCCCAGACGUCCCUCAUGGCCAGCCCGCCUAUGGAGGUCCCCCCUUGCGGCUUCAGCGGCUGCCCCGCCAGCGCCCACCCCCGUGGGGGCCACAGCCCGACCAGCGAGGGUGUACCUGGUGGGUCUGGAGGAGGGGAGCUGCUCCCUGUGGCCCUCGGGAGGAGUGAGGGGGGUGGGAUGGGGUUCAGUGUGACGGCGGGGGGGAAGGGGGGGCAGCUGGCCCUGGUGAAGAGGGUGUGGGACAGAAGGCAGUGCUCCUCCCUGCAGCCGGGGGAUGCUAUAGUGAAGAUCGACGGAGCUGACGUGCAGAGUCUCAGCUUCGCUCAGGUGCAGAGGGUCCUUCAGGAGCACAUCAAGCAGGGAGAAGUAAUGCUGUUGGUUUACAGAGGAGGGACCUUCCUCUCUCCUGUCUCCCCUAACCUCUACAAACCCUUCCCCUCUCCGCUUGGCCCCUCUUCCCCCUCUCACGGCCUCCCCUGCCCAUCCGACUUGCCUUCCACCUCCACCUCAGAUGCCUUGGUGCCCCUGCACCUCCCCCCCAGCCACAGUGGCCUCGCCCCAGCCUCACCCUCCACUGAACUCCUCUCCUUGGUCCAGAGUACCUCCUUCCUGGACUCAGUCCCGGUAACCAUCACCCUGGAGCCCAGGGACUGGCUGGGGAUGGAGGAGGGGAGUGGCCCUGGGCCCCCAGCCAUGCCCCCUGGAGGUGGGGGAAGAGGGAGGGUAGGGCUGGGGGCCAUGGCCAAGGGCCCGGUGGACGGUAGAGGGGGAAGGGCCCGGGGGUCAGUCAGGGGUCAGGAGUUGGAGCUACGGAGACGGCAAGGGGAGGGGUUUGGCUUUGUCAUCGCCUCACAGGACCUCGCUAAUGGGGCCUCGCCCAUGCUGUCCCACAGGUUUGUGACGGUGCGUGGGGGCAGCCCUGCGGCCCGGUCGGGUCAGAUCCAGCCGGGUGACCAGCUAGAAGCAGUGGAGGGGCGGUCUGUUGUCACCCUGCCUCACAGAGACCUGGCGCAGAUACUGAGACGGGCCGGAAACACACUCAGACUCACCAUCAUACCAAGACUUAACACCAACUCCUCUAAUCUGUCAGAAGGCCCAGAGUUAGAGGCUGACGGCAGGACAAGGAAAGGCCACAGACGGAGGCCCAAGGUGAGGCUUCAGCAGGACCAGCGUUACUAUAGUGUAGACCUAGAGAGAGGUCCUACAGGUUUUGGCUUCAGUCUGCGGGGGGGCAGUGAGUACAACAUGGGCCUGUAUGUCCUGGGACUGAUGGAGGGAGGGCCUGCCUCACACAGCCACAAGAUACAGGUGAGUGACCAGCUGGUAGAGAUAAAUGGUGACAAUACAACAGGAAUGACCCACAGCCAGGCCGUAGAGCAGAUAAGAAGAGGAGGACAUCGUAUACAUCUGGUACUGAAGAAAGGAAACGGAUACGUCCCAGACUAUGUGGAGCUCUCCAGCCUGUCUCUGUGUAUGACCAACUCUAAGCAGGGAGAGCCUUGUUUCUAUGUCGUCGGCAGAACAGAGAAUUCGCGGUUGGUAUCUCUUCCUACCAUGAUCCCAGAUCAGUCUCCUUCUCUCUCUACCCAGAGGAUGCGGGUGUGGCUGCAGUAGAUAAGACACACUCUCUGCCAAGGA